AUGGAGCCAAUUCUACGGGAAAACGAAAUAGUAGCAAACACGCAGGCUGCACUUGCCAUCAACUCUGUUGAAAACAUCGACAAGAUUAUAAAUGCGUUAAACGAAUCAGUAGAACAUAUUUCAACAAGCCCAGAAAACACUUCUGAAGCACUUUCUUCGCUUUCCAGGCAAAUCAAAGAAAUCUCGACACAGACAAUCGAGGAACAUAAAGAGUAUCAGGCGGUUUUGUCUAGAUACGGAAAAGCUAUUGAUAAGAAAUGGAAGCAUGAUGUCACACUCGCAAGUAAUCCCAAUGCCUUUGAAGGAAAAGAUAAGAUCCUACAAAUGACCGUCGCGUUGCAUUUUAUAUGUCAAGGAAAAUUCGAGCUGGGAAAAACUUUUAUGCGGGAGGCAGGCCUUGAAAUAUCUACGGAACUACAAUCACAGUUCGUGAAAAUGUAUGAAAUUCUCAAGGCGAUCCGAGAAUAUAAUCUUGAACCUGCACUAAUAUGGGCACGAUCAGAACGAGAAAAACUUGAAAAACGCGGCAGUUCCUUAGAAUUCCAACUACAUCGUCUUCACUUCAUCCAGUAUCUAAGGAAUCAAAGUCGUUACGAAGCAUUACAUUACGCACAAUUGAAUUUUCAAUAUUUCCAAACACAGCAUUUUCGAGAAAUACAACGCCUAAUGUGCUCAUUGGUAUAUAUUAAUCGCCUUGAAUCCUCUCCUUACGCUGAUUUGCUGUCUACUGAAGGCUGGACGAAUAUACAGAAUACGUUUGCGACAGAUUUUUGUAGUUUGUUGGGAUUGUCAAGAGAGAGUCCACUGUUUAUAAGCGUGACAGUAGGCGCAACAGCACUACCGUGGCUUAUCAAGAUGGCAACUAUAAUGAAAGAGAAGAAAAACGAAUGGAGUCAACAAAACGAGUUACCGGUUGAAGUCCCAUUGACCGAUGAUAUGCGAUAUCACUCGAUAUUCGCGUGCCCGGUGUCAAAAGAACAAGCAACAGAAGAUAACCCACCGAUGAUGAUGCCGUGUGGACACGUGAUUUGUAAAGAUAGUCUGAACAAAUUAAGUAAAGGACAGAGUAGUCGCUUCAAGUGCCCGUAUUGCCCGAACGAAUCAAUACCGACUCAAGCAAUGCGUGUACAUUUCUAA